AUGGCGGCCUCGGCCCCCCCCCCGGGGUGUACGUACACCGCGGGGGCCCCCCCGGGCUCUGCGCCCGCGCCGGGGGCCCCCCCGGGGUGUACGUACACCCCAAGAAAGGCCUACGCCACGGCAGUGGCCUCCCCAGUCGACUCUCCGGGUCUCCUUUGUCUAAUAAAGUCUUUGAACAAUUCUUUGUCUCUUUUUCCCCUUCUUGUCCUCGCCGCGCCCCACACCAAACCCUCUCUCCUUUCCCUCAUUCGCCAGCUCGACAACGCAGACAACAAACCAAACCCUAACGCGCCCCCGGGGCCCCCGGGGGGGCCCCCCUUGGGGCCCCCGGGGCCCCCGGGGCCCCCUGGGGGGCCCCCCCUGGGGCCCCCUGGGGGGGCCCCCGCAGGGGGCCCCGAGGGGGCCUCGGCCACGGGGGCCCCUGGGAGGACCCCCGAGGGGCUGCCUGGGGGGGGCUCGUCCACAGGGGCCCCUGAGGGGGCCCACACGGGGCCCCCUGUUGGGGGCCCCCCCAGAGGGGCCUCUGAGGGGGGCCCCACAGGGCCCCCAGCGGAAGCCCUUUCGCAGAGGGCCCCUGGGGGGCCCCCCACGAAGGGGCGCUCGCAGGGGCCCCCUGCUGCAGGGGCCCCCGGGAGCGAGGGUACAGCUGCGGGUCCCCUCCUGGGGGCCCCCGGGAAGAGGCCCUGUCCUGAAGGGGGCCCCCCGGGGGCCGCGGAGGGGGGCCCCGCUGAGGGCCCCCCAGGGGGGCCCCCCGCGGAGAGGGGCCCCCCAAAGGGGACCCCUCCAGAAGGGGGGCCCCCGGGGGCCCCUGCGGAGGGGCCCCCCAGGGGGGCCCCCGCGUUCCUUUCAGGGUACGAAGUGUUUGGGGUUUUGCGUCUGUCGCACUUGGUGGUUUACUUCUUGGAAAUGGAGCCGCUGCAGCUGUCCCCUGCAGCAGAACCCCCGCAGCAGCAGCAGCAGCAGCAGCAGCAGCAGCAGCAGCAGCAGCAGCAAAGUUGCUGCGCCGGGGGUCAGCGUGUCGCCACCUUGCAGCAGCAGCAGCAGCAGCAGCAGCACGCAUGCGACCAGCUCUUCACUCUUUACCUCAACAACUUCUUCUCCGAUUGGUUUUCUUGGGAGUCUCCCCACAGGCUGCCCUUCAGGUGCAACGCCAGCCACAUUAUGCUGCAGCAGCUCACUCGCCCUGCUGCUGCUGCUGCUGCUGCUGCUGCUGCUGCUGCUGCGGGAGCAGCAGCAGCGCCUCCGCAGAGCCCCAGGGCCCCCGCAGCAACAAAAGUGGCCUUCGAAGACCCCCAGGAGGCUGCAGCACCUCUGGGGCCCUCGGGGGCCCCGGGGGGCCCCCAAGGGGGCCCCUCAGGGGGCCCCAGGUCCCCUAGGAGUCCAAGGGGGCCCCUUGAGGGCCCUCCAGGGACUUCUGGGGCCCCCAGAAACCCUUGA